UAGAAUGUGUUUCAUACAAAGCGGCACAGCAGACAGUGCGCGGGGUAGUUAUGUGACUGUAUGUAGUAAAUAUUGAAGGUUAACUCAUAUUCACUGACUGUACGUUGACUAUAUUUAUGUUAUGAUGGCGGCAGGAGGAGCAGGGCAUGUGGGAGAUGUGGAGGAGGACGCGUCUCAGCUCUUGUUUCCUAAAGAGUUUGAGAACGCAGAGACCCUGCUGAACUCGGAGGUGCACAUGUUACUGGAGCAUCGCAAGCAGCAGAACGAGAGCGCGGAGGACGAGCAGGAGCUGUCCGAGGUCUUCAUGAAGACCCUCAACUACACGGCCAGAUUCAGCCGCUUCAAGAACAGAGAGACCAUCGCCAGCGUGCGCAGUUUACUUCUGCAGAAGAAGCUUCAUAAGUUUGAGUUGGCAAGUUUAGCCAAUCUGUGUCCCGAGGCUGCAGAGGAGGCCAAAGCCCUCAUCCCCAGUUUGGAAGGCCGGUUUGAGGACGAUGAGUUACAGCAAAUCCUGGACGAUAUUCAGACGAAGCGCAGUUUCCAGUACUGAACCUCAUAAUGAAGAUUCACUUUGGCUCUUUAGGACUUUUUUUCUCUUUAGUUUAGCAUCGUUAAAUCUUGCCACAAUUGUUCCGUAAUGUGAUGUUGUUUUGAAAAAAUAAACUGUUUUUGAUAAAACUGA